AUGGAAAACUUGAAUGACGAUAGCUCGAUAUAUACUCCUCAAGUAUCAGAUGAGUUGAGGCCACAAAAGGGGCAAGAAUUUGACACAAUUAAUGAUGUUGUGACAUUCUACAAUGCUUAUGCAAAAGCAGCUGGGUUUAGUGUAAGGGCUUGGACUACACAGAAAGAGCCGGGAAGUGGUGAAAUAAGAAGGAAGGAGUAUGUUUGUUUUAAACAAGGAAAAUCUUCAAGAAUCGCGGAUGUUGGAAAUAAAAGACGUCGAGGAAGCUUAGCAGAGGAUUGUCAUGCCAAAAUUGCAGUUUUAAAAUCAAACUCCGGAAAAUACAUUGUUACUGUUUUUAAUGAGGAGCACAGCCACCCUCUAUCAACACCAUCAAAGCAUCAACAAUUUAGUUUUCUUGGAGUACAAUCUGGAGGCAUAGAAAAUAUUGGGUGCACUCAAAGAGAUUUGUAUAAUCAUGAAAGGGAUAUACGUGCUGAUUUGAAAGGGCAUGAUGGUGAAAUGUUUUAUGAGUAUUUAAAAUUGGAACAAGGAAAGAAUCCCUCGUUUACUUUUCAAAUUGAGGCUGAUGAGGAACAAAAGAUUACUCGUUGUUUUUGGUCCGAUGCAACUUCAAGGCGGGCUUACAAUUUUUUCGGUGAUGUUGUAAUCUUUGAUACCACUUAUAACACUAAUCGAUAUGGCCUAAUAUUUGCACCAAUAAUGGGGGUUAACAAUCAUGGUCAGACAAUCCUUUUUGCUUGUGGAUUUUUAAAUCAUGAGAGCGUUGAUGAUUUUGUAUGGUUAUUUAAUCAGUUUUUGGCAAGUAUGCCUGGUGGUGCCCCGAAGAUGAUUAUUACCGAUCAAGAUCCAGCUAUGACUAAGGCAUUCCCUCUUGUUCUUCCAAAUACUUUUCACAGGUAUUGUAGUUGGCAUAUAUUAAUAAAGUUUUCUGAGAAAAUUGAUGCAGUGAAGUAUAGUAUUUAUAAGAGUGAGUUUUCGGCUUGCAUUUGGAAAUCAGAGACUCCUGAAGAAUUUGAUAUACAAUGGGAAAGUUUGAUUAAGAAGAGUGGGUUAGAAGGAAACAAAUGGUUGCAAGACCAAUAUGAACUUCGGUCAAGAUGGAUUCCAGCAUAUGUUAAUCACGUAUUCUCAGCUGACAUGUCAAGUAGUCAACGAGCAGAAAGUGGACAUGCAUUUUUCAAGAAAUUUGUUUCGAAGAAUAAUUCAUUGGUGGAUUUCAUGAUUCAGUUUGGUAGGGGACUAGUGCGCCAACGUCACGAGGAGUUGAUGGCUGAUCACAAAGAUGUAAUUGAGAAACCUGAACUUAGAAUAAAUCAUGACUUUUUGGAGCAAAUGGUUGAUAUUUACACAAAUGAGAUGUAUUAUAAGUUUGAGGCUGAAGUGUGUGACAGCUUUAACUACAAGUUGCAAUGUGUUAGGGAAACCGACAAUCACUGUGUGUAUCAAAUUCAAAGAAAGAAGCUUGCAGUUCGUCGGUUCGUUGGCUGCGGUCAUGACAAGGACUUGGAUUUGGGAACUUGGAAUUUCAAGGGAUAUUAUAGAGAUUAUAUGCGAAACAAUAAUACAGGUUACAGAAUCAUGGCCGACAAGUUAGCUCCCAAAGUGGUUGCCUUUGUAGAUAUCAUUGAAGACUACAACAAGUCACAGUACGUCAUCGAAAGAAGACCUUCGAGCACAAAAUGGACUGAAGCUAUCACAUCAAUUACUGAUGUUCUAAAGGACAUAACAGCUAGUCAUCCUCCUCCCACAAUUCCAGUUUAA